GUGAUCGGAGACGCCAAGGCACCAUUGCCUUAAAAGCGCCUCGCGCAUAAAAAUGACCGCCGCUAAGGUCUUCUUCCUCCUUGCGGUGUACUUACAAGGAGGUUUAAGUACAGAGAGAAACAAAUCGUUCAGCAAAUGUAAGGAAGGAGAAGGUUCAUUUUACGACUUCUCCAUCAAAGAUAUUUAUGGUUUGAAAGUUCCUGACACGGACUACAAAAAUCACGUCGCUUUGGUUAUGAACGUCGCAACCUUCUGAGGUUUAACGAUGCAGUACAAGCAAUUGAAUGAAUUACUACAAACUUAUAGAUCGGAAGAGAACGGUAAUUGUGGAUUCAGGGUUCUUGCUUUCCCCUGUAAUCAAUUUGGUCUUCAAGAGCCGGGGGAGAACGCAUACGAAAUUUUAAAUGGCCUGAAAUACGUUCGUCCAGGCCAUGGUUUCGAGUUAGAUCGUAAUCUAAAAAUGAUGCAGAAAAUUGAAGUGAAUGGGAAAAAAGAAAGCAAAAUAUUCACGUUUCUCAAGAGCCGAUGUCCUGUACCGGAUAACUUUAUUGACGAUGCUGAUAAAAUAAGCUGGUCACCAGUUAGAAACGAUGAUAUAACAUGGAACUUUGAGAAGAUUCUUAUUGACCACAAGGGGCAGCCAUAUCGUAGAUACACACCCACAGUUGAACCGAAAGAAAUUACUGAGGACAUCGAAAAACUUAUCAAACAAUGUGAGGACGAAACUAUUACAAAAUAAAUUGUAAGGCUAGGAUGUGCAAUGAUGAGCAUUGAAAUGAUACUAUACCUUAACAGAGAAAAUUAUAAGGAAACCUCUACUUGUUCUUUAUACGUCUCGAAGGAAUGACGAGCGGACUAGAAACUGAUUUUUUUCGGGUGGUCUUGCUUCGAAACGAAGAUAUCGGCCAAGUUGAGUGGUCUUCAAUUCAUUCAGCCGCUCACAGGUUGAGAUCUCACUUAAUCGAGACUGUAGUCUGAAUGAAAGAGGUCAAAUAAAAAAGCUUUUAACAAAAAAGUAA